AAGUGUGGUCAGCUAUAUCGGAGCGCGAUGGGGGCCUGAGAGGCGCAUCUGCGCAGGCGCCCGGCUCCUAAGUCUACCCAGGAACUGACCCUGCUCUCUCUUUUCGCUGUUAGACAUGGGCACUCCACAGAAGGAUGUUAUUAUCAAGUCAGAUGCACCGGACACUCUGUUAUUGGAGAAACAUGCAGAUUAUAUCGCAUCCUAUGGCUCAAAGAAAGAUGAUUAUGAAUACUGUAUGUCUGAGUAUUUGAGAAUGAGUGGCAUCUAUUGGGGUCUGACAGUAAUGGAUCUCAUGGGACAACUUCAUCGCAUGAAUAGAGAAGAGAUUCUGGCAUUUAUUAAGUCUUGCCAACAUGAAUGUGGUGGAAUAAGUGCUAGUAUCGGACAUGAUCCUCAUCUUUUAUACACUCUUAGUGCUGUCCAGAUUCUUACGCUGUAUGACAGUAUUAAUGUUAUCGACGUAAAUAAAGUUGUGGAAUAUGUUAAAGGUCUACAGAAAGAAGAUGGUUCUUUUGCUGGAGAUAUUUGGGGAGAAAUUGACACAAGAUUCUCUUUUUGUGCGGUGGCAACUUUGGCUUUGUUGGGGAAGCUUGAUGCUAUUAAUGUGGAAAAGGCAAUCAAAUUUGUUUUAUCCUGUAUGAACUUUGACGGUGGAUUUGGUUGCAGACCAGGUUCUGAAUCCCAUGCUGGGCAGAUCUAUUGUUGCACAGGAUUUCUGGCUAUUACAAGUCAGUUGCAUCAAGUAAAUUCUGAUUUACUUGGCUGGUGGCUUUGUGAACGACAGUUACCCUCAGGCGGGCUCAAUGGAAGACCGGAGAAGUUACCAGAUGUGUGCUACUCAUGGUGGGUCCUGGCUUCCCUAAAGAUAAUUGGAAGACUUCAUUGGAUUGAUAGAGAGAAACUGCGUAAUUUCAUUUUAGCAUGUCAAGAUGAAGAAACGGGGGGAUUUGCAGACAGGCCAGGAGAUAUGGUGGAUCCUUUUCAUACCUUAUUUGGAAUUGCUGGAUUGUCGCUUUUGGGAGAAGAACAGAUUAAACCUGUUAAUCCUGUCUUUUGCAUGCCUGAAGAAGUGCUUCAGAGAGUGAAUGUUCAGCCUGAGCUAGUGAGCUAGAUUCAUUGAAUUGAAAGUUGCAUAGUAUAGUUUUGCCAUUUUAACAUUUCUGUAUUUGAAGUGCGUAUCGAAUCUAAAAGUGACUACUGUUAAUAUUUUGUAUAUUGUGUUAAAUUAAUUUUAAUAAAUUAUAUAAUUAUACAUAUUGUAAAAUAAAGACCAGUAUUUUAUUUUCUUCUGCUUUUUAUUCUGAAGUCCUGUUAUUCUGACUACAGUUCUUUGUGUAUACUUCUGUGUCUGUUAUGUUCAAUAACUGAGCUAACAUAAAAUAACUCUAGGUUUCUACUUGAUUUUUCCCCCAUGUAUACCUUUCAUCUGUUCUAUAGCAAGUUGAUGUAAAAUGGUUUGUCAACAAGAAUGUUAACUGAUGAAAGUGGAUAGAACCCAUACAUGAAUUAAAUGAUGCACAAAAUAAAUGGCUGUUGAAAUUUGGAAA